AUGAAGACCUUGGGGAACAGCCACGUCCUUGGGAUAUUACUUUGUGUUUUCUAUCUACCCUUGGUAGUUGCCUUUGAAAAAGUCACCAUCCCAGCAGAGCUGAAGUCGGCUGUAGCGAGAGUCGCAGUCAACGCCACAUCCUGCAGCGUCACCUGUGGGCCGGGCUUCAAAGUGGAGGAGAUGUGCGAGAUCACGCCCGCCGGGGAGAGGAGGAACUGUACCGUGCGCCGGUCCGACUGCCUGACCAGCUGGGCUUGUGGCUUAAUCCACUUCACCGUCCCUGUGGGCAAGCCCUUCCAGUUCAGCUGCCUGAACUCGGACGCAGUUGGCUUUGCUAACCGAACCUAUAGCUAUAUGUGGAGGCUUGCCCAAGGCCUUAUCACCACAAACGAUGCACUGUUCAAACCGUUCCAAAACCCCGAUUCUGUCAUCAGAUUUUCCCCUACCAGGGAGUCUGAUGCAGGGACUUACCGAUGUGACGUGCAGAUGUUGAAGACAUUCCGAGUCAUCAAGAGGGCCUACUUUGGGGUCAGAGUGAUCCAAAAUGACUUAGUGGAUCUGGACUUCCAAAAAUUCUUGACGUGGGAACAGAAGCUAGCAGCAAACGAGGAGGAAGGAAACACAGAAGACAGCACCCAUGAAGAAGUGCAAGAGCAGCAGCACUUUUGGCAAGGAGAAUUGUUUUAUGAAUGCUUGAUAGGAGUUGGAAGUGGAGUGGUAGGGGGUGUCUUGGUGAGCAUGGCUCUCUACUUCUUGCAGAAGAUUAUGGGAAGGAGAGCUGCGGAGAAAUGA